ACGUUUGACAAUUGACACAUCAAUCUUGAGCAUUUUAUCUGUAAAUCAUUUACCGAUUGCACAAAUCUGAAAGUGUGUUUUUAAUGUCUAUAAAUAUUUAAAAAAAAAACCUCGACAGCUGUCGUCUAUUGUGUCAAAAGUGUUUUAGUGAAUAAUGGGUAAUCAUAAUACGCAUGAAAAAAGCGGGACGGAAGGUGGUGGUAGUGGUACUAGUACCCCUAGAGGGUCUACUAGAGGAACUCGAUCAGGGUCUAGUGGUGAAUUGCAAGGCCAGCAGGAAAAGACUGAGAGCCAGACGACGUCUUUAGUGCCCGUGGAAAAACUCGGCAAGCUCCUCGCACAUCGCUCACAGAAAGAAGAUGGCAUCAACGGCGUCACGGAAAAAUCAUUUACCAAAUACUUAUUUCCAAAAUACCCGGACCUCGCGCGACAGUUCUACAAUUAUAUCCACGGGAGUGGGAAAUGUAAGAACAAGCACGUGCCGCUGUCCACGUUCAGACAGCAGUGCGAGAAGAUACUGGCCAUGUUGGACGACAGCGUUAUCAUCGAAACUUAUGUUCGAAUGUUCAGUGUAGACGCGGACGAAGGUACCGUGACGCCGGAUGACCUCAGAAGUCUCCUAUACAUCAGCUACAAACUCUCGAUGGACCACUACCCUGAGGGACCGCAGACUUGCUUUAUGGUCAACAAAACGUUGACGGCGGUGCUCAGAGGCUGCUUCAACAACAAGGACUCCCACAGCGUCGGCUUCGUAGUGCGCUGGCUCGAGGAGCACUGCCACAGGCUCAUAUUCCCCGUUCACAGGUACUGCGUGCACGUGCUGGCCACGCGGCACCGCGACGUGGAGACGCUGGCGGCGCGCGCGGACGGCGGCGCGCUGGAGCUGGGCACGCCCGUGCUGGAGCGCAGCGCGUGGGGCUCGCCCGCGCUGCCCGUGUCGGCGGCGUGGCUGCUGGCCGCCACCGCGCCGCCGCUCUACAGCCGCCCGCUGCGCGCGCCGCCGCCGCCCGCCGGCUCGGCCGCCGCCUGGCUGGCGCGCCUCGUGUGCGCGCUGCCCUCGCACUGGGCGCCGCUCUACGCGUCGCGCGAGCACGGCCUGGGCGCCAACCGCUUCCUGCACCACACGCUGGCCUACCGCGGGCCCACGCUGGUCGUGCUGGAGGGCGGCUCCGGCCCCGACGCGCUCACGCUAGUGGUGUGCGCGGCGCAGGAGUGGCGCGACACGCACCAGUACUGGGGCACGCCCGACUGCGCGCUCGUGCAGCUCUACCCCACAUACGCGCUGGUGGAGCAGGCGCCCAAGAUGCUGUACCUGAACUCGUGUAUCCGCGGGUACCCGAAGGGCCUGCGCGCGGGGUCGGACCCGCGCAAGCCGCUGCUCGUCGUCAACGAGGGCUUCGACUCGUUCACUUUCAAGGGCGUGCCCUACUCGCUCGCCGCUAUCGAGGUGUGGGGUUGCGGUGAGCAGUCCCUGAGAGACGCCCAAAUCGAAGUUAAAAAAUGGCAAGUACGAGAAGCGGAGAGACAACGUCAGGUAAAGAUAUCUGCGGCAGAUUGGAUCGAACACCCCGACCGGUAUCUCCUGGAGCUAGCUGGCCGACCGCAGUACAACAACUCCUCCAGCUAGGACCUAGUGUGGAACAAAGUAUAAUACAUGUUAACAAGACUUAUAAUUUUCUUGGAACUUUUUAUUUGAUUUUGAUAAAAUAUUAGAAAUAAAAAGUUCCACGGAACCUUUUGAAUUUGAGUGAUCUUUAGUGAAGUUUUUUGGUUUUCAAGUAGUUUUAUAUGAACUAGAUUGAGCCAAGCUAACACAAACUUAGAAAUAUUUAUCAAAUACUAGGAAAUAAUUUAUUUUAAAUAUCAAGGCUUAUGUGAACUGCUUGGAAGGAUAUAGAGAUUGAUUUAUAUGUGAGUAAAUAAAAAAAUAAAGGUAAUCAUCACACUAUGUGUAAAAUAUUCAACAUCUACGUAGUAAAAUAAGUUUAACAACAAGCUUCUAUUUCUAAUACAUGUACUAAAAUAUAUUUACAAAAGUGAUGUUGUUGAUCAAGGACAAAAUUAAAAAUAUUUUAUAGAUCAAUUACUAGCAGGUCAUUGAACCAUCCUGGGAUGUAAUCAAACCUCUCACUCGGAGUUAUCGGAUGACACCCAAAGUAUAUCCUGGGAAAAUUAUAUUAUAAGUAGCAUAAGGUCUUAUCAGUUAUGUGGAAUUGGUUAAUAAGUCAGCUGCAAUAUUCUCCCUGCACAUAAUAAUAGCUGAACUUAAAUAAAAGAUUAUAAUAACAACUUGUAAUACAUUCGGUGGUACUUAAUUUGAGUCAAAUUUUUAUUAUAUUCAUUAAUAGUAUUUGUUUUUCUUACCGUUCUUAUAAUAGAUUAUUUUGAUUUUGCAAAUUAUGAUUAAUAUCAUUCCAUGGUGCUAAGAGGGUCAAUAUCAAAAAACUUUUGGUAAUCAG